UGAGGGCAAUUCUCGUCCUAUAAACCGAUUUUAUAGAGUUGAGUUAGGUCUAACUCAUACAUUCUAAGAUGGUAUUAGAGUCCACACCAUUUAGUUCUACGCUCCAGAUAUUCAAUUUUGGACGUGAAAGGAAGUGUUAAGAGUCUCACAUCGAACAAUAUAUGACAUGAACAUAGGAACGAUUCUCAAUCUACAAAUCAGUUUUAUAGGGUUGAGUUAGGUCCAACUGAAUAAAAAUAGUUACAUGGAAGAACAACACAUGUUUAUUGGGAAUUAUGAGUGUAGAGUUGUCCACAAGAAUCAUCAUUAGAAAAGUGGACUAUUUUAGACAACAACCAUAUCAUGAUUUGUUAAAGUAAAAAUGCUGAACUACUUGAACCCCAUCUACAAAACAUCCCAACAUUUUUUGUUUUUUCUUUUGCAUGCCUGGUCCAAUCUCAUCAACAUGACAGCUCAGCAGCCUACACUAAUCCCAAAAUCUCCCCCUCUUUCUCUCUCUAUUCUCUCUCUAUGCUUUUUGGUUGAAACAUUCCAACAAACACUGCUAGCCAAAAUGGACUCUUUCAUUUUGAUGUGGGGACCAUAUUUGAAAACCAACAAAUUACUAGUAGUACUAUACUUGGUCAUUGGAAGUAUUUUAUUUUUUUCACUAACUUCAGUCAAACUUGAGCAUUUAUAUACACGUUUUGGUUAAAUUGUUAAUCAUUGACCAUAUCAAAAGAAAACUUCAUCUCAUAUAUAUAACUGCAUAAUCUGAUUCAUCCAUUAAGAUCAACAUUAAACAAGUUAUUCUUAGAUAUAAAGAUAAGAAAGAAAAAUUUUAUAUCAUGUAUGUGACUAGGCCUCUUUCUUUGUACAACAAGUCUAAAGAGGCUCUCUCAUUGCCUCCACCAGAAGGUCCAAAUUCUGGUAUCCUGGUAAUUCAAGAUAAUGAUUUGGAACCAACCUCUUGUUUUGGCUUGGGAAAGUACCUCCAAGUUAAAGGAUUACCUUUCCCUCAAAACAUGGACCUUGAGUUGUUCUAUAGAUCAGGCAUUUCACUCAACAGAACUACUCAUUCCCACCAUGUUGCCUUCAUUCCUGUUCUUAAUCAGCCACUGUCUUCCAAUAAAUACUAUGUGGUGCAUCUUCCAGGCAAGAAAAGAGGGGAUGUAUACAUUAAUUCAAAGGAGGAAGAUGUGGACACUUUCUGUUUCUACAAUUCUGUUUCAGAAGCAGCACUGCAUCCAUUAGACAUCAGUGACACAUAUCAAGAGUUUGAGAUCUAUCCUCGUAGAAGCAAAGUUACAUUGAGGAGUGGUUUCUCAGCAAAAUCUGUUGCUCAAGAUGGAUACCCUCCAAGGUUUUUAAGUAGAAGGUGGAAAGUGAGUGCUUCAACAUCAAGUGAUUCAAGUCUUGGAGAAGCAUUAGGUGUAAAUGAUUCCCUCCGUUCCGGCGGAGCAGAAUUCAAGUUGUCUAUAACAAACACAUGUUCAGAAAGUGUUGUUGUGGGAAAAUGGUAUUGUCCAUUCAUGUUUAUCAAGGAAGGAACUCACAGAACACUGAAAGAAGAAAUGAGAAAAUCAAUGUUUUAUGAGAUGACACUAGAGCAGAAAUGGGAACAAGUGUUUUCGUGUGAUAAUAAUGAUGGUAAGAUGGGAAACACUGUGAAUGUUGACGCAGUUGUUCAAAAGGAAGUGGUUGUAGUUUCUGGUUGGGAAGCUGUGAUGGAUAAUAAGAUGGGUGUAGCUGAAAGUUUUGUUUGGUUUAAUAGUAUGAAUAAUGUUGGAGAAAAGAACAGUGUGGGAUUGAGUAUGGCAAUAGUUGAUAGAAUGAAGUGGGAGCAAGAAAGGGUUGGGUGGCUUGGUGGGAAAGAAAAGGAAUUUAGAGUUAAGAAUGUGGAAGAAUUUGAAGGGACUAAUAAUGGAUGGAAGAAAUUUGGAUGUUAUGUUUUGGUUGAGACUUUUGUGUUAAAGAGAUUGGAUGGGAGCAUAGUGUUGACAUAUGCUUUCAAACACAAUCAUCAAUUAAGAAGCAAAUGGACAUAGGAUGGCAAACACUAUCAUCAAUUAAGAUUGUCUAACUAUCAACACAUUCUCCCCAAUUUUCUCUCAUUCUUUUCAAAUUCUAGUAUUAAACCUUCCUUAUUGUAGUUAAUAGAGUAUUUUUUCAAUUCAUGUCAUUGAGUUUAUGCUGGUUUACUUCUGAUUGUAGAAUUCAAAAAUGCAUAUGUGAGUUCGGAUUGUAUAAUCUCAACAAAUGACAAACUUGUAUAAUGCACUUUCAGAUUCUAUAUUCCAAAUUGAGUGUUUCUAGAAGUAACCCUAUUUUUGAAUUAAAUUGGAAUGCAUCGUUUUAAAUAUGGACUCCUUCGAAGAACCUCCUCUUGUGCAUGUUGCUUAUGUGAAAGUUUACAUUGUACCUCAAGUUGUUGAUACAAAAGUCAUUGAUGUGAAAGUUGACAUUGUUACUCUAAGGCUAUGUUUGGGAGUUUGG